GUGCUUAAAACUCUUCAACCUUCUUCCUCUUUUCUCCUCCUAGGUUUUACAUUGUUAUGGAAUAUUUUACUAUUUAUGUGAAUCAUAAGUAAAAAUAAAUAUUACAUGAGUGUCCCCUGCCCCUCUUUUAGUUCUUUGUAUGUUCACUUGAUAUAAAGUAAAAGAAAAAGUAUGGCAGGGGGGGGAUUAGUGGUAGCAGCAAAUGAUGGAGAAGAGUACCAUGGAAAGCUGACAUGUUUUGUAAUAUUAGCUUCUAUGAUGGCUGCUAUGGGUGGUCUAAUCUUUGGAUAUGAUAUUGGAAUUUCAGGUGGAGUGACAUCUAUGGAGCCAUUUCUGAAAAAGUUCUUUCACGAUGUGUACAUUAAGAUGAAAGAAGACAAACAACUUAGUAACUACUGCAAAUUUGAUAGUGAAUUGUUGACAUCAUUCACAUCAUCUCUUUAUGUGGCUGGUCUUUUUGCUACUUUUGUUGCCUCAUCAGUCACCAGAGCGUACGGUCGCAAGGCGUCGAUCCUUCUUGGAGGAGCUAACUUCCUCGCUGGUGCAGCCCUUGGUGGAGCUGCUUCUAAUAUCUAUAUGCUUAUAAUUGGUAGAGUCUUACUAGGUGUUGGUGUUGGUUUUGCCAAUCAGGCUGUACCGUUGUAUUUGUCAGAAAUGGCACCAUCCAAGUACAGAGGAGGAUUCAAUAACAGCUUUCAACUAAGUGUAGGAAUUGGAGUUUUAAUAGCAAAUCUCAUAAAUUAUGGCACUGAAAAGGUCAAAGGUGGUUGGGGAUGGAGAGUAUCUCUUGCUAUGGCUGCAGUCCCAGCAUCCAUUUUAACAUUAGGCGCGUUGUUCCUCCCAGAUACCCCCAACAGCUUGAUUCAACGAACAAAUGAUCAAGAAAAGGUUAAAAGAUUGCUGCAAAGAGUCAGAGGCACUGAUGAUGUACAAGCAGAACUUGAUGAUAUUAUGGUAGCUAGUGAAAUUUCAAAAACUAUCAAACACCCUUUCAAGAACAUUUUACAAAGAAAAUACAGGCCUCAACUUGUCAUGUCCGUGGCGAUACCAUUCUUCCAACAAGUCACAGGAAUUAAUGUCAUUGCAUUCUAUGCUCCUAUCCUGUUUCGAACGAUUGGACUAGGUGUAAGUGCAUCUCUUUUGUCUUCUGUCAUAACAGGAGCAGUAGGAAUUGUGACAACAGGUUUGUCAAUACUGAUUGUUGAUAAAGUUGGCCGAAGAGGGCUGCUGAUAUUCGGAGGCAUACAAAUGUUUGUUACACAAAUGAUAGUAGGAGGGUUAAUGGGGGCUAAGUUAGGGGAUCAUGGUGGAUUGAGUAAAGGUUGGGCCUUUGUGAUUUUGGUGUUGAUAUGCAUCUAUGUAGCUGGUUUUGGUUUGUCAUGGGGGCCAUUAGGAUGGUUAAUUCCAAGUGAAAUAUUUCCAUUGGAGAUAAGAUCAGCGGGACAAAGUAUUUCAGUAUCAGUGAACUUUCUCUUCACUUUCUUGGUUGGUCAAACAUUUUUAGCCAUGUUGUGCCACUUCAAGUUUGGGAUUUUCUUCUUUUUUGGAGUUUGGGUGGCAAUAAUGACUGCAUUUGUCUACCUCUUUUUGCCAGAGACCAAGAAUUUGCCUAUUGAGAAAAUGGACAGGGUGUGGAGGGAACACUGGUUUUGGAACAGAUUUGUAAAAUGAAGGUAUCAUCAAAGAAGAUCAAGGUUAAACAAUUCAAAACAAGUCUACUUUCUCUAUUUGUAAAUUUAUGGUUAUGGUUACUUAGAAACGAGGUGUUUAGUAACUAAUUCCCAUUAAAGACUACGCAAUAUUGAUCUGUCAUUCCACAAUAAAAAAAAAGUAUGUCUCAUUGACAUAAUUUGACAAACUAGUA